AUUUGUACAUUAAUCUAUGUGAAUAUUCAGCAGUAUUCAACAAAUCAAGUGCUCAUUAAUUUUUGCAGAUUAAUCAAUUUUAAAAUUCGCUAAAUUGGUAAUUUUUUUCGCUGACCGUGUGAGUCACCGUAUUUCCGCUAUCGUGCAACAGGGAUUUUCAGCGGAUCAGCCAGGUUAGACGCUGCAUCAUCGGAACGUGUUUGCCUCACGUCAGUCAGCUGUUUUGUUGCGCUGCUCGUUGGCCUCAAAAUUCGUUUUUCCAUUUGUUGCUACGCUGGAAGCAGAACAGCGAGGCGCUCCCUAUUUUUAGCCUUUUAAUUUUCCCCUCAUUUUUGUAGUAUUUUAUAGUUUUUUCAUCUAUAUAUUCUUAUUUAGUUUUAUUCAUAUUCGUAUUCAUUAAUUUAUGCAUCCAAGAGGAUCUGAAAAUGUGAUCAACGGCGGAGAUGUGGUUCUGUGGCAAGUUCCUAUCCAUCCGCAUUUUCCAUCCCGUUUUUCUGUGAUUGCCUGGCAAAAUGAUUGAAAUUGAUUUAGAGAAACUGCUGCGUGUCGGGGUGGUUAUUGCCAUUGGGGUGUCUGUGAUUAGUGCGGUGCAUUUAGCGUUGGAAAGUGAUGUUCCUCGUACGGAGACGACGGUGCUGGUUUCGCGUGAUGAGCGACGAGAAAAUGCUGCAGAAAAUGACAACAGGAGUGUGCUGGCCAGUGCAGGAUCUGCGGACCAUCGACCCGUUGCUGAUGUAAUUUUGGACGGGAAGAUGGAUGAGGAGAAGACGCUGGUGGAAGAUAAAACUGCCAAGGCUGUUGUUGUUAAACCCGAUGCUAAAAAAUCCAGUGAUGUGGAAGGUGAUUCGGUCCUGUUGAUUGGUGGCAUCGACGGCAGUCUGACGGCGUUCAGUUCCAACGUGGAGGCUGAGGUGGAUGCUGCGCAGAUUCGUCCGUUGUGGACGUUCCACUCUAACACGGGGCCGUUGGUGUCAUCCAGUUUAUCCAAAAUCGAGCUCGUAAAAAAUGGUUUGCCAAUCCAACUGAUUCCUUCGUUGGACGGGAGUCUGUUCAGUUUCGAUGGGCAGACCAUUGAGCCGUUGCCCGUAUCUGCCGACACUUUAUUAAGCUCAUCGUUUAAGAUUUCGGAAGAUUCUGUUGUUACUGGCGGGAAGGAGACCGUUGUUUAUGGAUUAAAUCCAAGCACUGGGAAGGUAAAGUACACGUGCGGCGUCGGUGGAUGUGUCAGCCAGUCGGCGGAAGUGCCGCAGCCGUCAUCCGAUGCCGACUCCGGCACACUGCUGAUCAGUCGGCUGAGCCAGAGCAUCCGGGCGUUCGACGUACACAGUGGCGGGGAGAAAUGGAAUUUCUCCGUGGGCUCGCUGGAAGUGGCCAUGGCGGCCGGCGGGACCAGUCGCUUCCAGGGCAAUGUCCGUGUGUGCGAGGUGGGGGACGAUGUCGUGCUGUCGGACCGGAAGUCGGCGCAGUUCCGCUUUGAUGUCGCCAAUGGACGCAUUGUGGCGUAUUCCCAGGGGGACGAUAAGGAAUUAUGGCAGUAUCAGAUGAAACAUCCCAUAACCAGCGCAUUUUUAAUGGAAAACGGCUGUGUACGACCGUUGAAUUUGGUGACGGAAGUGCCGCCGUAUCGGGAUCCUCUGCUGUCUCAAGGAGAGAGCAAUCAGCUGAUUUAUGUCGGAUUUUAUGAGAAUCAGUUGUACAUACAGCGAGCCGGAAGCGUCGCCGAUAUGCCGAUGCGGCAGAAAUUCCCGCAGGUCACAUUCCGACCGCUGCUCAUUAACGCUCCAUCCCGAACACCGGCCAUUUCCGACGCAUACAGUCCUUUCCUGGGCAGUGCGCUGGCCAAACCGUCGGCCAACGACAAAGCCUUGAUGCCCAUUGGUCCGAAUGAGUACCCCUUCGAUGGCGGAUACUUUGUGGCCUUCCCGGAUCGUACGACGAAGGAUUCCCCCGUCAGUCUGCCGGGGAACGGCGGAGAGAAGCCGCCGAAUCACAGCAUGCUGGAGCAGAUUAUGCGUCGCUGGCAGACCAUCACCGGGUUGUUUUUGUUGCCGUUGGUGGUGACGGUGAUGCUGCGCCGGCAUUAUAAGCAGAAGAUCUUCCAGCUGCAGUCGGAAUCCGAUUUACUGAAGCGACAGAAUACCACGUCUAGUUCCGGGACGCUGACGAGUGUCAUCAGCAUGCAGGAAACACAGCCAAAGCACAGCCGAUUCCGAUCGGAUUUCGAGGUGAUUGAAAAGCUGGGCAAAGGCGGAUUUGGAGUGGUUUAUACAGCCAGAAACCGCUUAGACGACAACUUGUAUGCUGUCAAGAAAAUUGGACUACCCAAGAGUGACGCUGCUCGGGAGAAAGUGCGACGGGAAGUCCGCGUCCUGGCCAAACUAGACCACGUGGGCAUCAUUCGCUUCUACAACGCCUGGGUGGAGACCAGCGAUCCCGAAUCGGACCUCCCGGACACCGACAUGGACGAGGAUCCGCACAACCGCGGCGACCAUCCCACCUGCGAGCCGACCUCCAUCUCCAGCGCUACCUCCGCCGAUCUGAACUGUCUGUACAUUGGGACGCAGCGGAAGAAACGCAGCUUCGUGGAGGUGGGGGUGCCUCUCUCUGGGAAUGAGCUGACGGAUUCCCUGCGCUUCGUCCCGGAUUCGGGCGACGGGAACGAGGGGGAGGCUAGCGUGGUGUUUGAGGCGGAUAGCGGGGUGCCGGAGAAAUCAGAGGCGGAGCAGAUGGGCGUGCUGGAGAUGGCCGCGACGGAGGUGAUGGAUAGCCAGUCGGAUGGGAUUGUCUUUGAGGAGCCCCCGGGCGCCGGUGUGGUGGAGAAGUCGAAGCGGCGACGCUCGCGCUCGUCGACGAAGAAGAGCACGCCGUCGUUAUCGGGCAUGUCGGAGCUGGAAGAAUCCGAGGCGGCCGGAGAUGAAACGGACGGCGCGGGAAAACUCGGACGGAAGAAGAUUCUGAGCAAACCGCAGUUGUUCAUUCAGAUGGAGUUGUGCCGGAAGGAGACGCUGAAGGAUUGGUUGAAGAGCAACGUGGAGCGGCGCAUCCGCAAUCACGUGCUGGACAUUUAUUAUCAGAUUGUCAGCGCCGUGGAGUAUGUGCACGCCAAGGGCCUGAUGCAUCGUGAUCUGAAACCCAGUAAUAUUUUAUUCUCCUUGGAUGGCCGGGCGGUGAAAGUGGGCGAUUUCGGGCUGGUGACCAGUCUGGAUGAUGAGGAGCGGCUGCGCAGUGUGGUGCCCAUGGUGGAGGAGAAGAACUAUCUCAGCAUCCACAGUCAUACCAAUCAGGUCGGCACCUCUCUGUACAUGUCGCCGGAGUUAGUCCAGGGUAAAAACUACGACGAAAAAGUGGACAUGUACUCGCUGGGCCUGAUCCUCUUCGAGCUCCUCGUCCCCUUCCAAACCGAGAUGGAACGCAUGUACUGCAUGCGGGCGGCCAAGAACCUCCAGCUGGACGAUCUGAAAUCCCCGGCGGCCUGCAGCUACCCGGGCGACGAGCCCUGGCUGCGCCGUCUCCUGGCCCCGCAGCCCUCGCAACGGCCCAGCGCGGUGGUCCUGCGCAGUUGUGAUCUGUUCCGCGAUUUGUUGGUGAUGAUGGAGAGCGGUGGUGGUCAUCGGCACCGGGGCCAUUCGGUGUCGUUGGCGGAUUUCUUCCCCGAGAAGAAAUAAUCGUGAUGCGCGUCGGCCGGUGCUUUCCUGUGGAUAAUCUCCUGUGUUUUGUGUGGAUGAUUGAGGAUAUUUGUUUUUAUUAACGGAUUUUGUUUAAUUGGGUGUGCGUGUGGUGGAAUCAGGGAGUUCUUGGACUGGUUGAUUUUUUUAUACUUGCCUUUAUUUUAAAAAGGAAAAAAUUCCAAAAAAUUCUUUGUGAUCUUUUUUAAUCUUCUUUCCAUAGUUUUUUUGGCGCACAGGUGAUUUUUUGGGAGCUGCCUUGGGGGUUGUUUUUGUACCAUACAUGGUUUGAUUUGCUGCUUAAAGCAGGGAUUUGUUUUUCAGCUGAUCGUUGAUCGGAUUGGGCUGCAUUAAAUUCGGCUUUCUCA